AGCCGCGGGCCCCGUGCCUCUCAGAUAGGGGAAGUCACCCACAGUCAGUCACGAGGACCCAGGCCCGGCUCCCCCUUUCCUGGCUGCAGCUCCGUGUCCCUGGCUGGUGGUCCUUUUGGGCAGCUCUGUUGGGGGAGGGGCAGUGGGCCCUAGGCCAGGCGGGAGUUUGGACGGUGCUUCUUCAGCUGGGUUCCUCCUGUUUAAUAUAAAAAGUAGGGCUCGUAAUUGCAUUAAGACGUGUAUAAUUAUCCCGGAGGAGGGGAGAGCCCAGCCCCUGGUAAUUGCAGGCCUGCUUUGAACUGAUAAACGGGCUGAGGCUCCCAGCUCCGUCGCGCGCGUCCCUGCAGGACCUGAGCGCCUUGGCGCGAGGCCCCAACCUGUCAUGCCGUGGCCACGUCCGAGCCGGCAGGCCCUGCCGCCGCUGCCGCUGCUGCUGCUGCUGCUCGGGGGCGCGCCCCGGGCGGGCGGGGGUCCGCAGCCCCCCUUCCGCACGUUCACAGCCGGCGACUGGGCCCUCACCCACCUGGUGGUCCACGAGCAGACGGGCGAGGUGUACGUGGGCGCCGUGAACCGCAUCUACAAGCUGUCGGGGAACCUGACGCUGCUGCGGGCGCACGUGACGGGCCCCGUGGAGGACAACGAGAAGUGCUACCCGCCGCCCAGCGUGCAGUCCUGCCCGCACGGCCUGGGCAGCACCGACAACGUCAACAAGCUGCUGCUGCUGGACCAGGCCGCCAACCGCCUGCUGGCCUGCGGCAGCGCCUCUCAGGGCAUCUGCCAGUUCCUGCGCCUGGACGACCUCUUCAAGCUGGGAGAGCCCCACCACCGCAAGGAGCACUACCUGUCGGGCGUGCGCGAGGCGGGCAGCAUGGCCGGCGUGCUGAUCGCCGGGCCGCCCGGCCAGGCGCAGGCCAAGCUCUUCGUGGGCACGCCCAUCGACGGCAAGUCUGAGUACUUCCCCACGCUGUCCAGCCGCCGGCUCAUGGCCAACGAGGAGGACGCGGAGAUGUUCGGCUUCGUGUACCAGGACGAGUUCGUGUCCUCGCAGCUCAAGAUCCCCUCGGACACGCUGUCCAAGUUCCCGGCCUUCGACAUCUACUACGUGUACAGCUUCCGCAGCGAGCACUUCGUGUACUACCUCACCCUGCAGCUGGACACGCAGCUGACCUCGCCCGACGCCGCCGGCGAGCACUUCUUCACGUCCAAGAUCGUGCGCCUGUGCGUGGACGACCCCAAGUUCUACUCCUACGUGGAGUUCCCCAUCGGCUGCGAGCAGGCAGGCGUGGAGUACCGCCUGGUGCAGGACGCCUACCUGAGCCGGCCCGGCCGCGCCCUGGCCCGCCAGCUGGGCCUGGCCGAGGACGAGGACGUGCUGUUCACCGUGUUCGCCCAGGGCCAGAAGAACCGCGUGAAGCCGCCCCGGGAGUCGGUGCUGUGCCUGUUCACGCUCAGGGCCAUCAAGGAGAAGAUCAAGGAGCGCAUCCGGUCGUGCUACCGUGGCGAGGGCAAGCUCUCGCUGCCCUGGCUGCUCAACAAGGAGCUGGGCUGCAUCAACUCGCCCCUCCAGAUCGACGACGGCUUCUGCGGGCAGGACUUCAACCAGCCGCUGGGCGGCACCGUCACCAUCGAGGGGACGCCCCUGUUCGUGGACAAGGAUGACGGCCUGACCGCCGUGGCCGCCUACGACUACCGGGGCCGCACCGUGGUGUUCGUGGGCACGCGCAGCGGCCGCAUCCGCAAGCUCCUGGUGGACCUGGCGAGCCCCGGCGGCCGGCCGGCCCUGGCCUACGAGAGCGUGGUGGCCCAGGAGGGCAGCCCCAUCCUGCGCGACCUGGUCCUCAGCCCUGACCGCCGGUACCUGUACGCCAUGACGGAAAAGCAGGUGACGCGGGUGCCCGUGGAGAGCUGCGUGCAGUACACGUCGUGUGAGCUGUGCCUGGGGUCACGGGACCCCCACUGCGGCUGGUGUGUCCUGCACAGCACCUGCUCCCGCCAGGACGCCUGCGCGCGGGCGGCCGAGCCCCAGCGCUUCGCCGCAGACCUGCUGCAGUGCGUGCAGCUGACCGUGCAGCCCCGCAACGUGUCCGUGACCACGUCGCAGGUUCCGCUCGUGCUGCAGGCCUGGAACGUGCCUGACCUCUCGGCCGGCGUCAGCUGCUCCUUCGAGGACUUCACCGAGUCCGAGGGCGUCCUGGAAGACGGCCGGGUCCGCUGUCGCUCUCCCUCCGCGCGGGAGCUGGCGCCCAUCACACGGGGCCAGGGAGACCAGCGGGUGGUCAAGCUCUACCUGAAGUCCAAGGAGACGGGCAAGAAGUUUGCGUCCGUGGACUUCGUUUUCUACAACUGCAGCGUCCACCAGUCCUGCCUGGCCUGCGUCAGCGGCUCCUUUCCCUGCCACUGGUGCAAGUACCGUCACGUGUGCACACACAACGCCGCCGACUGCGCCUUCCUGGAGGGCCGCGUCAACGUGUCCGAGGACUGCCCGCAGAUCCUGCCCUCCACCCAGAUCUACGUGCCGGUGGGCGUGGUGAAGCCCAUCACCCUGGCGGCCCGGAACCUGCCACAGCCGCAGUCGGGCCAGCGGGCGUACGAGUGCCUGUUCCACCUCCCAGGGGGCCCAGCCCGCGUCGCUGCCGUGCGCUACAACAGCUCCAGCCUGCAGUGCCAGAACUCCUCGUACUCCUACGAGGGCAACGACGUCAGCGACCUGCCCGUGAACCUGUCCGUGGUGUGGAACGGCCACUUUGUCAUUGACAACCCGCAGAACAUCCAGGCCCACCUGUACAAGUGCCCGGCCCUGCGGGAGAGCUGCGGCCUUUGCCUCAAGGCGGACCCGCGCUUCGAGUGCGGCUGGUGCGUGGCCGAGCGCCGCUGCUCCCUGCGCCCCCACUGCCCCGCGGACUUGCCCGCCGCCUGGAUGCACGCGCGCCACGGCAACAGCCGCUGCACCGACCCCAAGAUCCUCAAGCUGUCCCCCGAGACGGGCCCGCGGCAGGGAGGCACGCGGCUCACCAUCACGGGCGAGAACCUGGGGCUGCGCUUUGAGGACGUGCGGCUGGGCGUGCGCGUGGGCAAGGUGCUGUGCAGCCCGGUGGAGAGCGAGUACAUCAGCGCGGAGCAGAUCGUCUGCGAGAUCGGGGACGCGAGCACGGUGCGCGCCCACGACGCCCUGGUGGAGGUGUGCGUGCGGGACUGCUCCCCCCACUACCGCGCCCUGUCGCCCAAGCGCUUCACCUUCGUGACGCCGACCUUCUACCGUGUGAGCCCUGCCCGCGGGCCUCUCUCGGGGGGCACCUGGAUUGGCAUCGAGGGCAGCCACCUGAAUGCGGGCAGCGACGUGGCUGUGUCUGUCGGCGGGCGGCCCUGCUCCUUCUCCUGGAGGAAUUCCCGGGAGAUCCGGUGCCUGACGCCCCCUGGACAGAGCCCUGGCAGCGCCCCCAUUGUCAUCAGCAUCAACCGCGCUCAGCUCACCAACCCCGAGGUCAAGUACAACUACACUGAGGACCCCACCAUCCUGAAGAUCGACCCCGAGUGGAGCAUCAACAGCGGAGGGACCCUCCUGACGGUCACGGGCACCAACCUGGCUACUGUCCGCGAACCCCGCAUCCGGGCCAAGUACGGAGGUGUCGAGAGGGAGAACAGCUGCCUGGUGCACAACGACACCACCAUGGUGUGCCGGGCCCCGUCGGUGGACAACCCCGCGCGCAGCCCGCCCGAGCUGGGGGAGCGGCCGGACGAGCUGGGCUUCGUCAUGGACGACGUGCGGGCCCUGCUGGUGCUCAACGCCUCGUCCUUCCUCUACUACCCGGACCCCGUGCUGGAGCCGCUCAGCCCCACCGGCCUCCUGGAGCUGAAGCCCAGCUCGCCCCUCAUCCUCAAGGGCCGCAACCUGCUGCCGCCGGCGCCCGGCAACUCGCGGCUCAACUACACGGUGCUCAUCGGCUCCACGCCCUGUGCCCUCACCGUGUCGGAGACGCAGCUGCUCUGCGAGUCACCCAACCUCACCGGGCAGCACAAGGUCACGGUCCGGGCCGGCGGCUUCGAGUUCUCGCCGGGGGUGCUGCAGGUGUACGCGGACAGCCUGCUGACGCUGCCCGCCAUCGUGGGCAUCGGCGGGGGCGGGGGCCUCCUGCUGCUGGUCAUCGUGGCCGUGCUCAUCGCCUACAAGCGCAAGUCGCGGGACGCCGACCGCACCCUCAAGCGCCUGCAGCUCCAGAUGGACAACCUGGAGUCCCGCGUGGCCCUGGAGUGCAAGGAAGCCUUUGCAGAGCUGCAGACGGACAUCCACGAGCUGACCAACGACCUGGACGGCGCGGGCAUCCCCUUCCUGGACUACCGCACGUAUGCCAUGCGGGUCCUCUUCCCCGGCAUCGAGGACCACCCCGUGCUCAAGGAGAUGGAGGUGCAGGCCAACGUGGAGAAGUCGCUGACGCUGUUCGGGCAGCUGCUGACCAAGAAGCACUUCCUGCUGACCUUCAUCCGCACGCUGGAGGCCCAGCGAAGCUUCUCCAUGCGGGACCGUGGCAACGUGGCCUCACUCAUCAUGACGGCCCUGCAGGGCGAGAUGGAGUACGCCACGGGCGUGCUCAAGCAGCUGCUGUCCGACCUCAUUGAGAAGAACCUGGAGAGCAAGAACCACCCGAAGCUGCUGCUGCGCCGGACCGAGUCGGUGGCAGAGAAGAUGCUGACCAACUGGUUCACCUUCCUCCUGUACAAAUUCCUCAAGGAGUGCGCCGGGGAGCCGCUCUUCAUGCUCUACUGCGCCAUCAAGCAGCAGAUGGAGAAGGGCCCCAUCGACGCCAUCACGGGCGAGGCGCGCUACUCCCUGAGUGAGGACAAGCUCAUCCGCCAGCAGAUCGACUACAAGACGCUGACCCUGAACUGCGUGAACCCCGAGAACGAGAACGCGCCCGAGGUGCCGGUGAAGGGGCUCAACUGCGACACGGUGACGCAGGUCAAAGAGAAGCUGCUGGACGCCGUGUACAAGGGCGUGCCCUAUUCCCAGCGGCCCAAGGCCGGGGACAUGGACCUGGAGUGGCGCCAGGGCCGCAUGGCCCGCAUCAUCCUGCAGGACGAGGACGUCACCACCAAGAUCGACAACGACUGGAAGAGGCUCAACACGCUGGCGCACUACCAGGUGACGGACGGGUCCUCGGUGGCCCUGGUGCCCAAGCAGACGUCCGCCUACAACAUCUCCAACUCGUCCACCUUCACCAAGUCGCUCAGCAGAUACGAGAGCAUGCUGCGCACGGCCAGCAGCCCCGACAGCCUGCGCUCGCGCACGCCCAUGAUCACGCCCGACCUGGAGAGCGGCACCAAGCUGUGGCACCUGGUCAAGAACCACGACCACCUGGACCAGCGCGAGGGCGACCGUGGCAGCAAGAUGGUCUCGGAGAUCUACCUGACCCGGCUGCUGGCCACCAAGGGCACGCUGCAGAAGUUCGUGGACGACCUCUUCGAGACCAUCUUCAGCACGGCGCACCGGGGCUCGGCCCUGCCGCUGGCCAUCAAGUACAUGUUCGACUUCCUGGACGAGCAGGCCGACCAGCACCAGAUCCACGACGCGGACGUGCGCCACACCUGGAAGAGCAACUGCCUGCCCCUGCGCUUCUGGGUGAACGUGAUCAAGAACCCGCAGUUCGUGUUCGACAUCCACAAGAGCAGUAUCACGGACGCCUGCCUGUCGGUGGUGGCCCAGACCUUCAUGGACUCCUGCUCCACGUCCGAGCACAAGCUGGGCAAGGACUCGCCCUCCAACAAGCUGCUCUACGCCAAGGACAUCCCCAACUACAAGAGCUGGGUGGAGAGGUACUACGCCGACAUCGCCAAGAUGCCCGCCAUCAGCGACCAGGACAUGAGCGCGUACCUGGCUGAGCAGUCGCGGCUGCACCUGAGCCAGUUCAACAGCAUGAGUGCCCUGCACGAGAUCUACUCCUACAUCACCAAGUACAAGGACGAGAUGCUGACGGCGCUGGAGAAGGACGAGCAGGCGCGGAGGCAGCGGCUGCGGAGCAGGCUGGAGCAGGUGGUGGACACCAUGGCCCUGAGCGGCUGAGCCGCCGCGGCGGGAGUGGCGUGAGAGGGCCCCCGGGGGGCCCCUGGGCGGCGGCCAGAGCUGGGGGGGUCCGCGGAGGCCCAGCCGUGCCGGGUGCCCUGCGCCGGGGCCGGGUGUGCGGUCCUGUCCCCUGGCCUCCCCGUCCCCUUCCCGCCUGUGGAGGUCCCGGUUCUGAACUGGUGUGGGUGAGACGGUGCCCGCCGCACUCUCCGUGCCCAGAGUGCUGCCCACGGGGUGGGAGCCCCGGUGUGACCAGGGCCUUCUCGGGCCAGUAGGGUGACUGCGGAGGCCCCGGGGCGAGGCGGAGCCCUCCGGGAGGGAGAGGCCGGUCUGCCGAGGUCAGCGGGGCCGGCCCGGGGGCUGGGAGGGGUCCGCCACUGCGCCGGCUUCCUGGGCAGAGUCUGAGAGCCGGGGCCUGGCUGCAGGCCUGGGUGGGGAGACAGAACGGCCGUCGCCACCCGCCUGCCACGUGCCGCUGCACCGCCGCCACCGUCCUCCGAUUCACCGCGUGCUCUCCGCGGCCGAGGCCGGAGCGCCCCGUCGACCUCGCCCAGGGAGAGGCCCCCGGCUCCCUCCUAUGGAGGGGCUGCAGGACGGCUCCACGCGGGGCCCAAGUGACUUCCGGGAGGACCGGGAUCCCGUCUGUCCUCAGGGCUGUGCCUCGGGGAGCCGCGGGGGCCGGGGGCUCCGGGGCUUGAGCGCACGUCCCCCUUAUUUAUUCCCCGCCCCGGGCUGAGCUCUCGGCCGUGGAGGUCCCUUCUCCCCCGCCGCGGCUUCCGUCUGGCCCCUCGGCGGCGUGCCGGCCCCUUGGGGGGGGGGGGGGACGACGUCUGGGGGGCGUUGCUCGCCUCGCAGGGGAGCGAGGGGUUCCUGCUGUGCUCUGCUCGGGCGGCCGGGGCUGUGGGGGCCUCGGGCCACACCCACGGGGCUGGCUGAGAGCAGGACGCCGUGACCGGAGGGCCUAGAGACAGGGUCUGCCCACCCGGCCCUCGGUGAGCGAGAGAACACGUUUUUAAUUAAAGAACCUGUAGAUAUAUAUACAUAUAUAUAUAUAUAUAUAUGUGGCUCUAGCCUGUCUCCAGCCCCAGUGGGGUCCUGUAUAGUUUAUUGGAGGAGGAGCGGUUUCACAGCUUAGGUAAGAGUUGAGGCAGCGGGAGAGCCGUACCCAGUGGCCGUGGAGACCGCGGCCGGGGCCUCCCUGCCGGCGCACCCCGACGCCCCUGCCCUCAGCCCGCAGGUCGUCCUGUUUCCGUCUUGACGUGAGAAGGAGAGGCCUCCGCGGGCCGAGAGCUCCCUGGACGCGGGCGUGGGCUCCUGCAUGACUGUACUAGCGUGUAGUCUGACUUGAUCUUUUUAAAACUGCAAGUGUUGGAUAGUAGAGAUUGUUAGGCCCUUUUUUUCAUGCUUUUUAAUUAAGGAGUCACUCGUGAAGGCAGUGGCUCGUCCCCUUUUCAAUUCACUUUUUUGACGGUACUCCAGAUUCCCACGGACUUUAAGGGACAGCUAACUGUGGCCGGCCCUGUGCCCCCGGCCCCCCGGCCCGCGUCCUCCCACGAGCAGCGUGAGCCAGAGCGCACGUCUCCGUCCGCGGAGGAGCUGCUCCCUUGCGGGAGGAGGGGGUGAAAUCUGCCACCUCCUGACUCAGGAAGCUCCUGGAAGUGGGGAGCAGGGGGUCCCUGGGCCCCGUGGGCGCUGAGCAGGGCUUGGGCCCCCCGCGCGGUGAUGUCCAGCGGGAGCUCAGGCUGGGUGGGCACUGGCCGGGCCUGGGUUCUCUCCGGGGUCCGUCCCCACGCGGGUCUCACUCCCCCCGAGUCUUCCCUGAAGCUGCUUCCGAUCGAAGCCCCCGUUCUUCCGGCCCCCGCUCGGGUCGAGGGGCCCCUGUGCCGCCCGCUCCAGAAUCCAGUCCCAGCCCCGCUUCCUGGGGCCUCCCCGGCCCCCGUGCUCGCCCCGUGGCUGGCGGUGAUGACGGUGGUGACGCAGGAGGGGGGGCGCCCCCUGCCCUGCCGGGCGUGCAGCCCUGGAGCGCGUGCGGGGGUCAGGUGCAAGCACUUUAGCGCUGUCUGUUUACACACGAGCCGAUCGCUGACCUGAGCCUGCUGUCCACCCAGCAGCACGGCCGCACCAUCCUCCCCCGGGGCUGGAGUCAGGCCGAGUCCUCCCCACACGUCCCCACGGUCCUCCCACCUCCGUCGUGCCCAGCGCCACCUCCCUGUCCUCCUGCCAGGCGUUGCGACCCCAGACUCUGGCUCCGGCCUCAGGGCGGCCCGAGCACGGGGUGGGAGGCCUGCUCUGUGCAGGAGGGUGGUCCCAGGCCCCCCUGCAGUCCCAGGGCCGGGGCUGUGCCCGGAUGCCGCCCCCGCCCCCCGCCCUGGACCCCCCUGCCGCCCUCGCCCGCACGCGUCUCAGGAGCGCCAGGGGCGGCGCGGCCUCGGUCGGAGCCUGGCCUCUCCAUAUACCUCGCGCUUGUCCGCACGCCCUGACCCGGGCCCGGCCCCCGGGAGAGGGCCCCUCCCCGCUCUGCCCGUGCGGAGCGAGCCCCACCUGGCUCUCCCCCCAGUGCUGGAGCCGCGGGCUCACGCCGUUGGUGCUACACAAGCUAGAAUAGAUAUAUUUAGAGAGAGAGAGAUAUUUUUAAGACAAAGCCCGCAAUUAGCUGUCCUUUAAUGCCGCAGAGACCCCACCCAAGAGACGCGCGAUCGAUCGCUCCGUGGCCUGAGCGGCCCCCCUGCCGCCGCCUCUCCGCGGGGCGCUGUGGCUCACGGGGUCAGCUUGCAGGUUGUGUAAAUACACGGCUGUUUCCUAUUUUACUGUCUCGGAUUUAGUACUUGUAAAUACACACACGUUAAGGAGAGAGUAAACAUUUUUGCUAAA